AUGACCAACAGACUCUCUCUUGCAAUGGAGAGAACUGGACAGUGGGUUUUUUCUCAAGAAAUCCCAUCUGAUGUCAUUGUUGUAGUUGGAGAAGCCAACUUUUCUCUUCACAAGUUCAUGCUUGUAGCCAAGAGCAACCAUAUAAGAAAACUAAUUCUUGAUUCGAAAGAACCCGACUUGGCGAAAAUAAACCUUUCGGGCAUACCCGGAGGCCCCAAGACCUUCGAAAAGGCGGCUAAAUUCUGUUAUGGAGUCAACUUUGAGAUCACGGUCCACAAUGUAGCUGCCUUGCGGUGCGCGGCCGAGUACCUGCAAAUGACCGACAAAUAUUGCGAUAAUAAUCUGGCCGGGAGGACCGAUGAUUUUCUGUCCCAAGUUGCCCUUACAACCUUAUCCGGUGCACUUGUGGUGCUCAAGUCUUGUGAGAAUCUUCUUCCCAUGGCAGAGGAUCUCAGGAUUGUCCAAAGAUGUGUUGAGAUUGCAAGUGCUAAGGCUUGUGUCGAGGCGAAUUUCCCGAGCCGCUCGCCUCCCAACUGGUGGACAGAGGAGAUAACCAUCUUGGACAUAAACUUCUUCUCGAAAAUAAUAUCCUCGAUGAAAUCCCGAGGCGCGAAAGGCCUCACUCUAGCUAGCGCGAUAAUCACAUACACCGAGCGAUCCCUUCGCGAUCUCGUUCGUGACCACUCGGGGAACGGCGCCAAGUCAUCGGAUUCUAGCGACUCCGACCUACGAGCCGAGCAAAGGAGACUCCUCGAGUCCAUCGUGGCCUUGUUGCCUCAUGAAAAAUCGGCAUUCCCUAUAAACUUCUUAUGCUGUCUCCUGAGGACGGCUAUUUUCCUACGAACCGAUAGUCGGUGCAAAAACGAGCUCGAGAAGCGCGUGUCAGCGAUUUUGGAGCACAUUACGGUUGACGAUCUUUUGGUCCUAUCGUUCACGUACGACGGCGAGAGAUUGUUAGAUCUUGAUUCGGUGAGGCGGAUCGUAUCAGGAUUCGUGGAAAAGGAGAAGAAUGUGUCGGUUUUCAACGCGGGAGAUUUUAGGGAGGUUUGCUCGACGUCUAUGCAGAGGGUUGCUAAAACGGUAGAUGCGUAUCUUGGGGAGAUUUCCACUUACGGCGAUUUGAGCAUUUCGAAAUUUAAUGGGAUAGCGAAUUUAGUUCCCAAGGCGGCUCGAAAGGUGGAUGACGAUCUUUACAGGGCGAUUGAUAUCUACUUGAAGGCACAUCCGAACCUAGACGAAAUCGAGCGUGAGAAAGUGUGUAGCGUGAUAGACCCGUUGAAGCUAUCGUACGAGGCGAGAGUUCACGCCUCGCAAAACAAGCGAUUGCCAGUGCAGAUAGUUUUGCACGCGUUGUAUUACGAUCAGCUGAAGCUUAGAAGUGGUGCGGACGAUCACAAAACUCCGGAUGCAAUAGUUACGAGGAAUCAGCUUCAAGCGGACGUGUCGCUCGUGAAGGAGAACGAAGCACUUAGAGCCGAGCUGCUGAAGAUGAAAAUGUACGUACAGGACAUUCAGAGAACUCAGCAGGGGACAUCGUCUAAGUCGAGCAGCGGGCCAAGAAAGUCGACUUUCUUUUCGACCGUGUCUAAAACUCUCGGGAAGCUGAACCCGUUCAGGCACGGGUCGAAGGACACGUCGAAUCUGGAGGAUGGGGUGGAUUUGACUAAGCCAAGGAGGAGGAGGUUCUCUAUUUCUUAA